ACCUUAGGUGUGAUUGCCUCAACAUGAGGAGAGGAGGGCAGGAAAAAACAGAAAGGUUGGAAUUUCUGUCAGUUUCUGUCGGCGAUUUCACUGCAUUCCCUCUCAUUGUUCAGAAACCAACAGCCCAGACACCUCUGCCCCGAGGCAGGGCGCGGUCCCCACUCGUUUCUAAACCUGGGCUGUUCUUUUUGUCCGCACUCACUCGAACGCUCGCUCUCAGCCGGCAAAGUGCUCAGAGUGUGAUCUGGGAAGUGGACACGAGAGAAAGACAGAGACCAGGAACAUGCCUUGGAUUACCACAAGAAACGCUGCCCGCUUUCUGCUUGUUGUGUUGUUUUCUCAGACUGGGCAAUGUUGUGAGAAAGGAUUUUCGAAGAGCAGAUUCGACUCUGUCCUUCCACCAAAGGUCCCCAGAAGGCAAACUAUUCUCACUGUCAAAUUUCAUAGCUGCCAUUUGGGAAAACACAUUAAGUUAAGUACUGAUGAUGCAAAUUUUGCGAUCCUUUCCAAUGGCUCAUUGUAUGCUACUCAUGCUUUAAACCUUGACUCAACAUAUCAUUUCAAAGUGAUUGCAAAGGAUCAAAAAACGCAUAAGGAAUGGAAAGCAAGAAUCCGUUUAAUCCCUGCAGCAAAAGAUUUAACAAAUGAAUUGAAUAAGGUUAUGAAGAGGAAAUCCCCUGUUGUCUAUUUUCCAAAGCAUCACAACUCAAGGCGCCAAAAGAGAGAAUGGAUCAUUCCACCAGUUGCUGUGAGGGAACAUGAGCCACCAAUGCACAAUCCAAUCGCUAUCAUCAGGUCAGAUUUAGAAACAAAUGAGAAAAUCCACUAUACUAUUUCUGGUCAUGGUGCUGAUCUUCCACCUGUCAAUUUGUUUGUGAUUGAUCGCAGUACCGGAGAAUUAAACAUUACAGGAAUGGUGGACCGCGAGAUAAAUCCUUCCUUUGUUCUAACAGGUAAAGCUGUAAAUACCAUCGGUAGGGAAGUUGAGAAACGAUUAUCACUUGUUAUUGAGGUUCUGGACAUCAAUGAUAAUGCCCCCGUGUUCACGGAACAAGUCUUUGAAGGAGCGAUUGAAGAGUUGUCUCCAGUUGGAACCUUAGUGUUAAAACUAAAUGCAACAGAUGCUGAUAUUGGUGAAAAUGCACAAGUUGCCUAUCGAAUUCUGUCACAGGGAGCCAAUGAAAUGUUUCUUGCAAAGUCCAAUGGAGAAAUCAGAACAAUGGCAAAUAGCUUAGACAGAGAGAUUCAGGACCUGUACACCUUGACAGUGGAAGGCCGCGAUUUAAAUGGAAAGGCCUCGGGAUUGUUCUCCACAGCCAACGCUCAGAUCAGAAUCUUGGAUGUUAAUGACAACAUUCCAACGCUGGAAAAGGAGGAGUAUGAAGUCUCUGUGGAAGAAAAUUCGCUGAACGAUGAGGUCACCCGCAUCAAAGUAUUUGACAAUGACCAAGAAUUCACCGACAACUGGUUGGGGCACUUCGAAAUAAUCGAAGGGAAUGAAGGAGGGCACUUUAGGUUCGAAGUUGAUGAACAAACAAAUGAAGGAAUCUUGGUGCUUCAGAAGGAACUGGAUUAUGAAGAAUCACAAACCAAGAAUUUGGUACUUCGAGUGUGCAACAGAGCAGCAUAUCACUCGUCAGUUACUUCAGGAGGAGGAGUUGGAGCAGUAGUUGUGGGCAAACCAAUCAGAAUCAAAGUCAAUGUGAACGACAAGAAAGAAGGCUUUUCAUUUAAACCAACAAAAAAGCGACUCACUAUUUCUGAGGAUCGAAGAAAAGUUACAAUUGGCCAAUCGUUUGGAAAAUAUCCAGCCAUUAGUGCUGACACUGGGAAAGAAAGUGAACGCACCAGAUACGCAAAGAAUUCCGAUCCAGCAAACUUGUUGAACAUUAACCCUGAAACCGGGGAGAUAACGCUGAACAAAUUGCCUGAUCGCGAGUCGCCGUAUGUUGUUGAUGGGAAAUACACAGCGACUGUCCUGGCAAUCGAUAAUGAGGGACCUGUUCCGAAAACAGCCACGGGUACCGUGGUCCUUGAUGUCGAUGAUGACAAUGACAACAUUCCCCUCAUUCGCAAUCUCCAGCCUUGUAUGUGUGAGCAAGCAAAGUCCCUGCUUGUCACAGCUCACGAUGCAGACUCUUAUCCAAAUGCAGCUCCAUAUCAUUACAAACUCGUGGAAAAACCAGGCGUCACAGACAAGUGGAAGAUUUUAAUGAAAAACGAUACCAGUGCAGAGCUGCAACCUUUAGUGGAACUCUGGCCACACACCUUCAAAGUUCCGAUCAAGGUGGAAGAUAACCAGGGCUCUGGUGAAGUCCAGAACCUGGAUGUUAGUGUGAUCGAGUGUUCCGGUAACGACCUGACCUGCUCGCCUGAAAAAAUCCCACGGAUUGGAUCCAAAAAAGCUGCCCUCGGUUCUCCUGCCAUUGGCCUCAUGGUGCUCGGAGCUUUGAUGUUACUCCUUGCUCCCCUCCUGCUGCUUUUCUGCAAUUGUGGGGGUGCUGGAGGGGCUUCCACACACGUCAAAGACUUUAAACGGAUCCCCAUUGAACCUCUCGGAUACCUGGACAAGACCAACAUUGAAGGCGGUGGUGAGGUGAACACGACUUCUCCUUUGCUUUCGGUUGAUGGAUCUGGUGUAAAGGCAUCUGGUGGGAUGGCAUCUGGCGGGAUGGCAUCUGGCGGGAUGGCAUCUGGCGGGAUGGCAGCUGGUGGGAUGGCAUCUCGUGGGAUGACAUCUGGUGGGAUGAAAAUGAGCACUCCCUCUGAGGUCGACGGCUACAAGGGUAGAUUUUCGCGAGAAACAAAAUGCAUCGUUGGGGGUUCGGAAGUUAUCAGUUCGGUAGUAGCUCCUGGUUAUAUCGAGAGGCCUUCAAUGGCAGGGACAUACCGACCCAUCUCUGGAGCAGCCCGUGAUAGAAGAAUGUCUAGCAGCCACAGAGACUACAUUGGAUCGUACAUUAGUGAGAAAUUGAAUGGCUGCGCUGAAGAAGAUCAGAACCGUCCAGCCCGAGAUUGUCUCCUGGUCUACACCCAUGAGGGAGAUGGCUCACCUGUUGGUUCCAUUGACAGCUGCAGCUUCAUCGAGGAUGAACCCCAGUUUAAGGAUUCUUACUUGGAUGACCUGGGCCCGAAAUUCAAGACAUUGGCCGACAUCUGUGUCAGUAAAUUUGAGAGUCAAACGUCGACUGUCAGCAUUGAUGCUCCAGCCAGAGAAAGAUUCUCAAGGACAGAAACAUCCAUUUCAUCGAGCUCAGGAGGUCUUCAUGGCUUGAACAUUGUCGCUGACCCACCGCGAAUGCAGCAGAAGAAUUACGUUGUGACCACGACAAUUAAUCCUGUGCCCGAGGGGUUGCCUGGCAUUGUGGAUUUGCCUGUCGCUCACCAAAAUGUCAUAAUGACUAAGCAAGUUAACGCCAAAGCAGGAGGAGUGCCAGCUAUGGUCAUUGACCCGUCAAUCACUCACCAAAAUGUGGUGGUCACCAAACAAGUCAAUGCCAAUACUGGAGGAAUGCCAGCAAUGGUCAUUGACCCAUCCGUUGCCCACCAGAGCGUUGUAAUGACCAAACAAGUCAAUGCCAAUGCUGGAGGAAUGCCAGGGAUGGUCAUUGACCCAACAAUCACUCACCAAAAUGUCAUAAUGACCAAACAAGUUAAUGCUAACCAAGGAGGUGUGCCAGCAAUGGUCAUUGACCCAUCCAUCGCUCACCAGAAUGUCAUGCUGACCAAGUCUGUUAACGUCAGCUCAGGAGGCAUGCAAGGAAUGGUCGUUGAUCCGUUGUUCAGCCCGGUGCCCGAGGUCCACAAGAAUGUCACGCUGAGCAGGCCGAUUUCCUCCGGCGCCAGGCAGGAGCAGAACACGAUGGCCAGCUUGUCGCUCGAUCAGAUCCCCAUCAUCCACAAGAACGUCAGUCUGACAAGGCCGUCCCAAAGCGCUGUGGGAGCAGACAGUGCCAGCGAUUUUGGCACCUUCCCACUGGUCCAGAAUAGUAGCACCACUCGCAGGUCUGUCACAUCCACUGAUGGUGUGCAUAAAACAGUGACAAAAGUGACAAAGGUUACGCAGGUAAUGCAGGAAUAGGCAGCACCUGACAAGAAAUUAAUUCAUGGACAGAGAAAAGUUAAUGUUUAAAAAUCAGUGCAUUUUGUUUUUAAUCGAGAUAUAAAAAUAUGGCUCCUGUGUGGCAUUCAUGUGCAAUUCAAAAGCCAGUAGCAUUUUAUACAAGGGACCAAAAUGCAGUAUAUUUCUUGAGCUUCAUCAACAGAAAUCAUGCACCAAGGUCCUUACAUGUUCUGAUUAUUAACUAUUUACAUGCACAUCAAAUAUUAUAGUGGCUUUGUAGUGAUUGUAACAAGGUCAGCCAGAUGAACGUCAUAGGAGUUUCCUGACUGGGGCUGUUAGCCUGGUCCAAUCAGGGAGCCCUGGCUGACAGAUAUAAACAGGAGUGUCCAAGGUUCUGUUCACUCUGAGAGCUGCCUGUGAGGGAGCUGGAUGAGUUUCAAGGACUCUGUGCGUGUAAAUAAAAGGGGACUUGGUGAUGAGAUACCAGUCUUUGUGAAGGUAUUUCAGGAUUGUUACUGCUUGUCUUUUUCUGUUGCGAAGCCAGCUUUUAAAACAGGACGGUGGAGGUAAAAUAUAAAACUACCAUGAUUUCUAAUAAUCUAAAAUUUCAAAAACCAAAAAGGAAGAGAAAUGCUGAAAAUGCAGAUGAAAAAUAACCAUCAAAACAGUUCAGACCUUCCAGUUGAUUCCACCAACCAGUAAUUUCUGAUCUCCUUGUUUCGCUGCUCUGUCUCCCUCCCCUAACCCUUGACCCCUUUCUUAUCAGCCUUGAAAGAAAUAAAAUUUAAAUGUAAAUAGAUUUAACAACCGAUCUCCGUUAGUGUCUAGCAAAUGAAAUUCCACACUCUAGACACCCACCAGAGAAACAAAAUUCUCCUCAUCUCUCGCCUUUGAAUUUGUUAAGCAUCUGUUAGUUAAGACCACAAGACGUAGGAGUGGAAGUGAGGCCAUUCAGCCCAUCGAGUCCACUCCGCCACUUAAUCAUGGCUGAUGGACAUCACUGCUUAGAUGACACACUCAUGACUGGUAGAUUUUGGAAAGUGACUCAAGAGCUUCUGAAUUAACGUCUAUCAAAGCUCUGGUUGUAUUCCCAUCACCUGUUACAGUGACUGCACAUAACAGAGGCUAUUUCAAAUGGCAACACCCCAUCUCUUCAAUUGGGAACAGACGCUCACUACUUUUUGAUUCCUGAAUUUUGCCAAAAAAGUAAGGAAACUCGGAGAAAUUUGCUUUUUAGAAAAAAAAAAUGAUUUGCCAGGUAGCUGCACUGAUAAAUGUUUACUAUUUACAUCUCUACGCAUAGUAUUUAACAAUUAAUUGGCUGACAGAAUGGCAGAGUCUCAUUCAAUCAAAGCCAGGGGCUUCUCAAAACGCAUCUAUUUCCAGUGACUGACCAUUGUAUUUUGAUUUGUCAGUGGUUAAAUACUGGAAGGAAAUGCAUGUACAGGGCUUUUGCUGGGGCAGAGAGGGAACAUAGGUCUGAAUUAUUUAAACACACUCACUCUCACUCUCACUCUCUUACUCUCUCUCUCUCACACAGACACACUCUCACACUCUCCCUCUCACACACACACACAGACACACUCUCUCUCUCUUUCACACACACACAGACACUCUCUCUCUCUCUUACACACAGACACACACUCUCUCUCUCUCACACACAGACACACACUCUCUCUCACACACACAUUCUCUCAGACACACACACUCUCUCAGACACACGCACUCACUCUCGCUCUCUCACACACAGACACACACUCUCUGUCUCUCUCUCACACAGACACACACACUUUGUCUCUCUCUCACACACAGACACACUCUCUCUUUCACACACAGACACACUCUCUCACACACACACACACACUCUCUCUCACACACACAUUCUCUCAGACACACACACUCUCUCAGACACACGCACUCACUCUCUCUCUCUCUCACACACAGACACACACACUCUCUCACACACAGACACACACUCUGUCACACACAGACACACACUCUCUCACACACACAGACACACACUCUCUCACACACACAGACACACACACUCUCACACACACAGACACACACUCUCACACACGCACAGACACUCUCUGACACGCGCACACCCAUGCACGCACACUCAUACACGCACAUGCAUGCAUGCACACUCACACACACACACACACACACACACACACACAGAAAAACCUCAGCAGGUCUGGCAGCGCAUGUAGAAAGAAAGCAGAAUUCACAAUUUGCGUCCAGUGACCCUUCUUCAAAACUCCAGAGUUCCCAUCAAAGCCUGUUCUGAGCAAGGGUCACUGGAUCUGAAACAUUAACUCCUCUUUCUCUCCACAGACACCGCCAGACCCGCUGAAGUUUCCCGGCAAUUUCUGCUUUUGUUUCUAAUUUCCCGCGUCUUUCGGUUUUUUCUAAUCUGGGAUUAUUUAGGUUGCUUUAUGAAAGCAUUGUCAGAGGCGCACCAAACUGAGUCACUUUGUUCUGUGCCGUACUGUUCUUGAGGAAAAUAAACCAGCACUUAUUGAAUUGAAUAACAGUGAACAAUUCAGAAAAAUUAAAUAAUUCAAUGACAACUGACGAAGCCAUAACAUUCUUAUAUCAUGGUAGAUCAAGUUUUUUUUAAAAAAAUGACACGAUUGGCUGGAAAUAAUAUUAGGCGAGAAGUAAUUUACAUAGUGACAAGGAAAAUUUAAGAAAUGAGUGCAGUCUAUAGAUUCAUACAAUUGUAUCUAACAAACCUGAGCUUCAAAUUAUCUUUAACUUCAUAUAUUGACACGGGGGAGGGAUACAGAUCAUGUGCAUAGAGAUGUGAAUAGUGUUCCAAAACAGAAAUUUAGCAGGUCUGGCAGCGUCUGUGGAGAGAGAGAGAGAAGGAGAGUUAAUGUUUUGCGUCCAGGUGACCCUUCGUCAGAACAGUUUCUGUUUUUCUUUCAGAUCUUCAGCACCUGCAGUUCUUUGUUUUAUUAAAGACUGUUCAGGUUAUUAACCGGCUGCAUUUUACUUCUGUAAAAGUAGAAAGAAAGUUUUUCUUGCGCCCAAGGAAGACGUUUAUCAACCAAUUUGUGGGUACAGUGGUUCUAAUCAGAGUGUUGUUUGUUUCGGAGAUGUUUUAAUUGUACAGAUAUGGAUAUAACUUUUUGUAUUAUGCAGAGGCUCUGAACUUUUUAACUGGUCCACUGGAUUUGCUGUAGACGUUUACAUUUUAAGCUAUAUGUCAAAAUAAACUUUGCUAAAACAUAA